CUGCUGGGUACCAAAUCAACAAUAAAAACUAAAACUGUGUGUUGUGUAGCCUCUGAUUGCUGAUUUCCGUAUCAUGGGUCGGUUAGCAAGAAAGCGUAAACAUAAGGGGGACAAACCCAUGAAGGAGAAGUACAGAACCAAGCGUAAAACCAAGGACAUUGAUGAGGUACACAACGACAUGAAGCCUGAUAAUGCCCAGAAUCUUCUAAAACAAGACAUCGACUUUGAUCGACCUGGUUUUGGACAGUUUUACUGCAUUCACUGCGCGAAGUAUUUCAUAAGUGAACCUGCCAUCAAAGAGCAUUUCAAAGGAAAACCACACAAGAAAAGGAUCAAGGCACUCAAGGUUGAGCCAUACACCCAGGCCGAGGCAGAGAGGGCUGCUGGAAUGGGCUCCUAUGUCGCGCCCAAGCCUGUCGAAGUGAGCACCCAACCACUGAGCACAGGCAUGGACCUCGAAACUUGAUGGAGACUAAAGAAUUGAUGUUGUGCUCAUGUGAUAAAAUGGAUAUUGUGCUUAUGUGAUUUUUAACAGAUUUUAUAAGCUCACCUGCUAAGGGUCCAGAGGUGUAAAAUUUUAUGAUUGGUUUAUUUAAAUGAUAACCCUAUUUUCAAACUGGCCGUGCCUUGAGGAUCACAUUGUUUGUAAUUUAAUCUUGUAUUGCAAUAUACUUACGGAUUGUUUAUACAAUUUUUCUUUAUAUCAUGCCUCUUGAGUGAGAUCUGACCACACUUCAGGGGCAUAAAGUCAAUAAAGACUACAUAACCAUAAUAAUUUAGAUUUUCUUUUUCUAAAAAAAAUAGGUGAGCAAUCUUGGACUAUAUUGGUUCUUGUUUGAGUGAUUUUGUUUUUAAAGUUUGACUUUGUUAUGUAAGUGUUCAAGGCUUAGUAGCAACACAAAUCUAAAUUAUUGAUGCUUUAUGAAAUACAUACUCCUUUCUAGUUCAAUAGAACGUAUGGCCCACUUGAAUGAGCUCCACAGAGCUGCAUUGUUAAUGAAAUCUUUGGAUGAAAAUGUUUCACAUUGUAGAAAUAAUGUGAUUUUCUCUAACAUACAUGGUUGUGGAUGGGUUGCAUUAUCUCUGUGAUGGGCCAUGUUGUUUAGUAUAUUAAUCCUUGUUUUGUUAUGAGGGAUUUGUUAUUGUGAUGGUAAGUCACUCUCUAAUAAAUGUUUUUUUCCUGUUGUUACUGGCUUUGCCUGCUUUUCAUGGCUUCUAUCGAGCAUUAUUGUAUGUCACCUUAAUAAUGCCAUUCGAAACAAAUAGCUGAAAACUAAAUAUAGCUCAUUUCAAAUGCAAAUUGUGGUUACUUGAAGAUUUUGCAGACAUUGGUUUCACUUAAUUAUUUUAUACUUUUGUCUAUACUGCUUAUAUUAUAAAGUUUAAGGAGCAUAAAAACACCUUUGAUAAACAUGUAAGAUUAAUGUCUUGAAGGGUAAUAAAACGUUGAUGCACUU